AACCUUCCGAUUGGCUCGGCGGAACCAGUUUGAACGAAGUACGGAAGCCGCAGUUGUUCAUGUACGGCGGCGAUUUUUUUUUUUUUUUUUUUUUUUUAAUUCCCUCUCUUUGACCCCCUCCUUCCGCGCGAGUCUCUGGAGAAGCUUCACAGCCAGGCGCCGCCACUGCUGCCCGGGGCCCGCUCACCUUGCACCAUGGACUGGCAGCCAGAUGAGCAGGGCCUGCAGCAGGUCCUGCAGCUGCUCAAAGACUCUCAGUCGCCCAACACAGCCACUCAGCGCAUUGUACAGGAUAAACUCAAACAACUCAACCAGUUUCCUGAUUUCAACAACUACCUGAUCUUCGUCCUGACCAGACUCAAGUCAGAAGAUGAGCCAACCCGCUCUCUCAGUGGCCUCAUUCUCAAGAACAACGUGAAGGCACAUUACCAGAGCUUCCCGCCGCCUGUGGCAGACUUCAUCAAACAAGAAUGUCUCAACAACAUUGGCGAUGCAUCCUCUCUCAUCCGAGCCACGAUCGGCAUUCUCAUCACCACCAUCGCUUCUAAGGGGGAGCUGCAAAUGUGGCCUGAGCUGCUGCCUCAGUUGUGCAACCUGCUCAACUCAGAAGAUUACAACACUUGUGAGGGAGCCUUUGGAGCCCUGCAGAAGAUCUGUGAAGACUCAUCAGAACUUCUGGAUAGUGAUGCCCUCAACAGACCCCUCAACAUCAUGAUUCCCAAGUUCCUGCAGUUCUUUAAGCAUUGCAGCCCCAAGAUCCGCUCCCAUGCCAUUGCCUGCGUAAACCAGUUCAUCAUGGACCGGGCCCAGGCGCUGAUGGACAACAUUGACACCUUCAUCGAGCACCUGUUUGCCCUGGCCGUAGAUGACGACCCUGAAGUGCGGAAGAAUGUGUGUCGUGCCCUGGUAAUGCUUCUGGAAGUGCGGAUUGACAGACUCAUUCCUCACAUGCACAGCAUUAUCCAGUACAUGCUGCAGAGGACCCAGGACCAUGAUGAAAACGUGGCCCUUGAGGCCUGUGAGUUCUGGCUGACGCUGGCCGAGCAGCCCAUUUGCAAGGAAGUCCUGGCCUCCCAUCUGGUCCAGUUGAUUCCCAUUCUGGUAAAUGGGAUGAAGUACUCGGAAAUUGACAUCAUCCUGCUCAAGGGGGAUGUGGAGGAAGAUGAGGCAGUUCCUGACAGCGAGCAGGACAUCAAGCCGCGCUUCCACAAGUCACGCACAGUGACACUGCCCCACGAGGCUGAGCGGCCGGAUGGCUCUGAGGAUGCAGAGGAUGACGAUGAUGAUGAUGCUCUGUCUGACUGGAAUCUGAGGAAGUGCUCAGCGGCUGCACUGGAUGUCCUUGCCAAUGUCUUCCGGGAGGAACUGCUGCCCCACCUCCUUCCGUUACUCAAGGGCCUCCUCUUCCACCCUGAGUGGGUGGUCAAGGAGUCAGGCAUCCUGGUGCUGGGUGCCAUUGCUGAGGGCUGUAUGCAGGGCAUGGUUCCCUACCUGCCUGAGCUGAUCCCACACCUCAUCCAGUGCCUGUCGGACAAGAAGGCUCUGGUCCGGUCCAUUGCCUGCUGGACCUUGAGCCGCUAUGCCCACUGGGUGGUCAGCCAGCCACCUGACAUGCACCUCAAGCCUCUGAUGACGGAGCUGCUCAAACGCAUCCUAGAUGGCAAUAAGAGGGUGCAGGAGGCAGCCUGCAGUGCCUUUGCCACCCUGGAGGAGGAGGCCUGCACGGAGCUGGUGCCCUACCUCAGCUACAUCCUGGACACCCUCGUCUUUGCCUUUGGCAAGUACCAGCACAAGAACCUGCUCAUCCUUUAUGACGCCAUCGGUACCCUGGCCGACUCCGUGGGCCACCACCUUAACCAGCCGGAGUACAUCCAGAAGCUGAUGCCACCACUGAUCCAGAAGUGGAAUGAGCUCAAGGAUGAGGACAAGGACCUCUUCCCUCUGCUGGAGUGCCUAUCAUCAGUGGCCACCGCCCUACAAAGUGGCUUCCUGCCCUACUGUGAGCCUGUUUAUCAACGCUGUGUCACCCUGGUGCAGAAGACACUGGCCCAGGCCAUGAUGUACACCCAGCACCCUGAGCAGUACGAAGCCCCUGACAAGGACUUCAUGAUCGUGGCACUGGAUCUGCUCAGUGGCCUGGCUGAGGGCUUAGGUGGCCAUGUGGAGCAACUGGUGGCCCGUAGCAACAUCAUGACACUGCUCUUCCAGUGCAUGCAGGACUCAAUGCCUGAGGUCCGGCAGAGUUCUUUCGCCCUCCUGGGAGACCUCACCAAAGCCUGCUUCAUCCAUGUCAAGCCCUGUAUUGCUGAAUUCAUGCCCAUCCUGGGCACCAACCUGAACCCUGAGUUCAUUUCUGUCUGCAACAAUGCCACCUGGGCCAUCGGGGAGAUCUGUAUGCAAAUGGGUGCAGAAAUGCAGCCCUAUGUGCAGAUGGUCCUGAACAACCUAGUGGAAAUCAUUAACCGACCCAACACCCCCAAGACGCUGCUGGAAAACACAGCCAUCACCAUCGGCCGCCUGGGCUACGUUUGCCCACAGGAGGUGGCACCCAUGCUGCAGCAGUUCAUCCGGCCUUGGUGCACAUCCCUCAGAAACAUCAGGGACAACGAGGAGAAGGACUCUGCCUUCCGGGGCAUCUGCAUGAUGAUUGGUGUUAACCCAGGGGGUGUCGUGCAGGACUUUAUUUUCUUCUGCGAUGCUGUAGCCUCAUGGGUGAGCCCAAAGGAUGACCUUCGAGACAUGUUUUAUAAGAUUCUCCAUGGCUUCAAAGACCAAGUUGGGGAGGACAACUGGCAGCAGUUCUCAGAGCAGUUCCCCCCACUGCUCAAGGAGAGGCUGGCGGCCUUCUAUGGGGUCUAGGCAAACAGGGAGACUGCCAGGUUUCUGUCUGUGUCAUUGUAGGAGGGAUUGCUGGGAGCGUGCUGCGUCCAGAAGUCGCUGUGACCUGGUCGAGGGGGGUUAGGGAGGAGUGAGUGGGACCUAAAUCCAGAUGCCUUCCCUGUCAGUCUGUCCAUCCACCUGCCCUGCUGGGCUUGUCUGGAAGACAGGCAGGCAGGCAGGUGGGUGGGGCUUCUACGCUCAUCCUACAAACAGGGAGGGGGGUGGGACUUCUUGGUGGGCCAGGGCCCCUGGGAGCUCAUCGGGGUCCUCUCCGGCAGCCCUCUGGACCAGCUGCAUGGGAGAGAGGAAUCAACACAACCGGCUGAGUCCGGUUGGAGGCAAGGGGCAAGCAGGCGGGCGGGGGGGUCCUUGUAGGGAUGUGCACACUCACACAGACACACAGGUGGCCACACGCAUGUGUGGGUGCUGUAGCCAGCAAGGAUGGGCCAGCCACCCCACCAUUUCCCUGACUGCAUGGAGACAGUAGAGUUAGUGAACCCCUGAGUUAACCCUAAGGCCUUCUGUGUAACCUGCACCUAGAGUUUUAAGAAGCUUCUGCUGUUUUGCUGGAAUUGGUGGUGACUGGGGAGGGCUGGGUGGGUGGGGGGCCUCAGCCAGGACCCUGGGGCCGAGGGAGGAGGACAGCUACCUCAAGGUUGUCCUGUUAGCACACGCACGCUUGAGACCUGCUCCGUACACUUCCUGCCAACUUUGUGGCAGCCUCAGCCAGUGUGUCCCUGUCUUGUCCUAGUGCAGCCAGCAAGGUGGGGACCAGCAGGGCAGCUAGGGCAGGCCAGAGGUCACCCUUUCUCCCUCAAAUAUGCUCCAGCAGCUUUCGAAGAUGCUGGGUUGGGACCUUUUUCCUGAAGAGAGCUAAGGGCAGCCAGGACUGCUGGCACCUAUUCACUGCAUCUCUCCGUUAGCAGCCUGUGCUUCUGAGAGCUUCUCUCUUGUAUUUCAGGCCUGAGUUUUAACUCUACAUGCAGGGUGAGGGCAUUUAAUUGAUAGUGACAGAAGACAAAGGCUUAUGCUUUUUCAGCAAGAAGGAAACCCAAGGGCUUAGAAGAGGGGAAGGUGGUAUGCUUGGUCCUGACUCCAUCACCCUGGGACUUCAUGCCAUCAUGGCAUCCAGUGGGCCCAGACACCACACCAGACUGGGGUGGCAAUUCUAUAGAACCUUCUGGGCCUGGGCGGGGAUAUGGUGAGAGGGGUUCUCCUAGAGAGGGAGGGGACAUAGUCUCUUCUAAGUUGACCAGGAAACCGAGCCUUGUAGUCCCCUUAAUACUCAUUGUUUUCCAUUUAUUCCUUCCCUGCUUCCUACUUUGGUGGGGCCCCUUGUGUUUUGGGGUUUGACUGGAGUCUAGCAUCCCCGGGGCCUGAUCCAUCUAUCAUCCCUCCUGGGCCCUGGAUCCUACCCCUGUCCUAGCCCUGUUUUCUCAUGGUCAGGGUCAGGUCCUGCCUUUAUUUCAAGGGGUACUUAGUACACAUUCCAUAACUUGGCUGGUUUUCUCCCACCCCACCCUGUGAAACUUGAGCAGGUCUCUGGAAGCCAUUUGUAAAAAAAAAAAAAAAAAAAAAAAAAAAAGUUUUUUUAAUGCCUUUUAAUUUUUCUUUGGAGCAUCCUCCACUGGGUCUCGGGUGUGUAGAUGGAUUGGCUGAUGGGAUUGGAAACCCCCUCUCCACCUGAGAUGGGGGGCUUCAAAUACCUUCAGGGAAAGGGAGCCUGGUUCGUGUGUGUGUGUGUGUGUGUUUUUUAAGAAAGCUAUUUAAUUUUUUCUAAUUUAUUUUUGGUUGGUUUUUGCCCAACGAAGUUACAGGUUCUCAACCUUUUCCCCUGCCCAGGCUGUGGACCCAGACGCCUUGAUCCGCAGUCCUCUCUCCGUGUUUCCUAAGUCCCUCCUUUCCUCCUCACCCUCUUCCCCCUGCGGGCUCCCAGGUCUGUCCAUUUGUUACUGUGCUGUGCUGGGGAUUGGUGCCGAGGUGGCAUGAGAUUCCACUUGUGUAGAACUUUGUUGAGUAAAGAUCAGUUUCUUGUGAA